AUGUUGAACUGUACUUGUAGGUCCUACCGUCAGGCGGCAAGAGCGAGCACGUCGGCGACAGUGCCAGCGAGUUCGAUACCUGCAAGAGUGGAGAGAGCCAUCCAAUCUGCUGAGCCCAGACGACAGCACAAUGUCAUCAUGCUCGACAGACUCAGUCCGACCAUGACCCCGCGAGACCUGCGCAAGAGAGUCUACCAGGACGGUCUGACAGAGAGCAUGCUCCUCUCGGUCCACAUGGUGCCCGAUAGGGAGCUAGAAGCUACAGGUCGAGCCAUACUCGUCUUCAACCAGCCCAAGGAAGCGCAGAUCUCUGUCGACCAUUUCAGGUCGCGCGAUGUUGGCACCACGCCCUUGCACAGAGAAUGGCUCGACCCGGCUUCCCACGACCAGCGCUCUGGCGUCGGCAGACGGACGCUAGGCUACUUUCAUCAUCUCGACGCCAUCUUCGGUCCAUACAGCCCAGACGAACCGAACUUGCCGUCGCACUAUCGCUCGCUCAGCAAAGUCAAAGCAAAGCUAUCAGGUCGAUUGGUCAAGAUCGGUCAACUGCCGCCGACCCUGUUGCACGAUACGCUGCUCGACUGGCUCCAUGCCAACGAGUUUGAGCCGAUGCCCAUACAGCAAUCAGUACCUUCUCGUCGGAUGCUCGUCCGUUUGCCCGGGUCACAGCAUAUCUCAAGCUGGCUCACGCUCCUGGGCUCAGAGGACGAAGCAGCUCGGCUGGUAAGACUGCUCCAUCGCAAUCCUCAAGCUCACUUGGGUGAGGGCGCGCACACGACCUGUCGAAUUGUACAUUGA